AGAUGGAGUCUCCCUCUGUUGCCCAGGCUGGAGUGCAGUGGUGUGAUCUCAGUUCAUCACAACCUCCACCUCCCGGGUUCAAGCAAUUCUCCUGCCUUAGCCUCCCGAGUAGCUGGGACUACAGGUGGGUGCCACCAUGCCUGGCUAAUUUUUGUAUUUUUAGUAUUUUGUAUUUUUAGUAGAGACGGGGUUUCACCGUGUUAACCAGGAUGGUCUCGAUCUCCUGACCUCGUGAUCCGCUGGCCUCGGCCUCCCAAAGUGCUAGGAUUACAGGCGUGAACCACCAGCGCCCGCCUAAAAAUACAUUAUUCUUUUAAAGGGACUUUUAAUCUCCCUCACAGACAGGUGUUGUAUAAGACGAAAUGGGAAAUUUUAUUGAUCCUGUCUAUGACAUCUUGUUUUCUGCUCCUUUAAUUCCUGCUCUACAGCAUUUCUUUCCUUGUACUUUCUUUGGGUUUAUUUUAUAGCUAAUUUAUAUUCAGCCUUCUCUAUUUUCGUCCUCAGUCUCCCAAGUAGCUGCUGGGACUACAGGCACAGGUGCACACCACCACCACCAGAAAUAAUGCAGAGCAGCUAAUAAAACAACUAACCCAGCUAAUUUUUGUGCUUUUUGUAGAGACGCGGUUUCGCCAUGUUGCGUAGGCUGGUCUCCAACUCCUGAGCUCAAGCAAUCCACCCACCACGGCCUCCCAAAGUUCUGGGAUUACAUGCAUGAGCCAUCACACCCAGCCCCUAUUUUCUUAUAUAAACUGUUUUGUCAGUGUCCUAAAAGUUUUGAUACAUUAAUACACUUAUCACUCAGUUGUAAAUAUUUUCUGCUUUCCAUUACUUAGUCAUUGAAUUAGAGGGUUUUUUUGGUUUUUUUUUUUUUUGGUUUUUUUUUUUAAAGACAGUCUCACUCUGUCACCCAGGCUACAGUGCAGUGGCGCGAUCUCGGCUCACCUCAAGCUCUGCCUCCUGGGUUCACCCCAUUCUCCUGCCUCAGCCUCCCGAGCAGCUGGGACUACAGGCGCCCGCCACCACGCCCGGCUAAUUUUUUUGUAUUUUUAGUAUUUUUAGUAGAGACAGGGUUUCGCCGUGUUAGCCAGGAUGGUUUCGAUCUCCUGACCUCGUGAUCCGCCCGCCUCAGCCUCCCAAAGUGCUGGGAUUACAGGCGUGAGCCACUGCGCCAGGACUUUUUUUUUUUUUUUAAUUUCUGAAAAUUUAAGACUUUUUUCCUAAUCUGUUUUUACUAUUGAUAUCUUACAUAAUGAUCAGAAAACAUGAUCUGCAAGAUCAGGGAUCAGCAAACUCUGCAAAGGGCCAAAUAGUAAAUAUGUUACACUUUACAGGCCACACUGUAUCCAUUGUAACCACUCAACUCUGAUUUUAAAGCAACCAAAGACAAUAUGUAAAUAAAUAAGGUUGGCUGUAUUCCAAUAAAGCUUGCCUUACAAAAACAGGUGGCUGGCCAGAUUGGACUGUGGGCCAUAGUCUGCUAACCCUUGAUCUACAUGGCACCAAGUAUUUCGCAAUUAUUAAGAUGUACUGCUACUUAGUUUUCUUGUUUGUUUGUUUUUUUGUUUUUGAGACGGAGUCUCUGCUCUGUCACCCAUGCUAGAGUGCAGUGGCGCGAUCUCGGCUCAUUGCAAGCUCCGCCUCCCGGGUUCACACCAUUCUCCUGCCUCAGCCUCCCGAGUAGCUGGGACUACAGUCGCCCGCCACCACGCCCGGCUAAUUUUUUGUAUUUUUAGUAGAGACGGGGUUUCACCGUGUUAGCCAGGAUGGUCUAGAUCUCCUUGACCUUGUGAUCCGCCCACCUCGGCCUCCCAAAGUGCUGGGAUUACAGGCGUGAGCCACCGCGCCUGGCCUGUUACUUAGUAUUUGAUGUUUUAUAAUGUUCCAUGCAUGCUUGAAAACCAAUAAAUCGUCUUGUCCCUAGCCUGCUCCACUUCUUUGAAGUUCAGGCCUGGCCCAUGUCAACAUUUGCUUUUGUUAUUUUGGCACAGUGAUUAAGACACUGGGUUUUUAAUAAUCAGACAAAUCUCAGCUGCUAGCUUUGCCACUUGCCAUUGGGUGGUUGGAGGCAAAUUUAAUGUCGCUAAUCCUCAGGUUCCUCAACUGUAAACUGAGAAAAUAACAGUACCUACCUCAUGGGGGGCACAUAAGGAAGGAUUCAAUGAGAUAAUCCAUUUUAUAAAGCGCCUAGCAGAGUCCCAGGCAGCCUUCAAUCGUUAGUAGUAGUGUUACCAUCAUGAGGCAGGUGUAAUUAUACCCAUUUUACAAGAAACUAAGGCUCAGAGAGGUUUAGGUAAGUUGCCCAAAGUUUCCUAGCCAGUGGCAAAGCACAAGCUCCCACCCAGAACUUUUCUUUACAAAUUCAGCGUUUCCGAUACUCAAACUGAACCAGACACAGUAACAUUUAGGGGAUUUACUGUAUGCCAUUCUGAGGCGAGGCUGCAUUUUAAGACGCCCAGGGAAGAAACGGAUUGCGAAACCCACAAGAAUUCAUUCUUUGUGGUGCAAGUUUUGUCUGAAGGGAAAGGGGCAAAAAGGGCAUGGAACGUGCUAGAGGUAACAAACCGCCCAACAGAAUUCUGCAACCAGGGGACCGAAGCUUCUAAGCUGGACACAUUCCUCUCUGGGUUCGAUCCUCUAAGGAAGUGGCGUCACCCAGCGGCGCAUCCCGGCCCGAAGACCCUGCUGCUGCGUGGCCAGCGGCCCACGGCCGUGCGGCCCUUCGAGGCUCUGCAGCUCCUCGCGCCUAAUGAGCCUGGCGCUUAAAAAUACCACUUUAGUUAAACCUCCCGGAACCUGUCUUCAGCAUUUCAAACAAAAAAACAAAAAAAACGGGCGCCGUCAUCACUUUGAGCCACAUAAAUCACAGCCCUGACCUGCUGUGGAUUCAGCAGGCGACGAGCCGCUGAAAGUGGCGACGAAGUCCGCCCCUUUCGAAGACCAGCAACUUUCCAUUCUUUUUUCCCUGCGCAAGGAGCAAAUCGCAACGGGGAGACCUCCAAGCAGCCUGAGGAGCGAGUCGGACGUUGGAAAAACAGCCCGGGAAUCUCAUGUUUCCCAGCCCAGACUAAGCGCAGGAUUCUUCAGAGCCACAUCCUGUGACAAUCACAAGGGUUUUCUCCGCCCCGCGGGUGACGGAGAACUCGUGACCGGCCCCUCAGCUCUAAGCCGAGCGCCUAGAGGGCGCGGAGAAAGAGGGGGCGGAGCUGCAAGCCCAGAUCACCAGGCAGCCGAAGACAGGCAGCGCGUGCGCAGUCUCUCGCUACGGGACCUCCUUCCCGCCGCUGAGACUAGGAAGCGGGACGCCAAAUCUGUCCCUGCGCAGCCGCCGCCGCCGGGCGCCGAGCGGGGUGGCCGCCCUGCCUGAGGCGCGCCUGCGCACGUCCCCACGCACGCUCCGGCGUACGGCGGCGGCCAGGGGUCGCGAGCCGGUGGAGGACCCGCGCGCGGAGGAGCCGAGGAGUCAGCGCGUUUUCCCUCCCUCCCCCUUUCCCCUCCCCGCUCCCUGCCCCCCUCCCCAAGAAUGUUCCGCUACGAGUCUUUGGAGGAUUGUCCUCUGGAUGAAGAUGAAGAUGCAUUUCAGGGACUGGGAGAAGAAGAUGAAGAGAUUGAUCAAUUCAAUGAUGAUACAUUUGGGUCAGGAGCAGUUGAUGAUGAUUGGCAGGAAGCACAUGAGCGCCUGGCUGAAUUGGAAGAAAAGCUACCAGUGGCAGUUAAUGAACAAACAGGCAAUGGAGAGAGAGAUGAAAUGGAUUUGUUGGGUGACCAUGAGGAGAAUCUGGCAGAAAGGCUCAGUAAGAUGGUGAUUGAAAAUGAACUGGAAGAUCCAGCUAUUAUGAGGGCAGUGCAGACCAGGCCAGUUUUACAACCCCAACCAGGAAGUCUGAAUUCCAGUAUCUGGGAUGGAUCUGAAGUUCUGAGGCGAAUCCGAGGACCACUGCUUGCUCAGGAAAUGCCUACAGUGUCUGUAUUAGAAUAUGCUUUGCCUCAGAGGCCCCCCCAGGGUCCAGAAGAUGAUCGGGACCUUUCUGAACGUGCAUUACCAAGGCGGUCAACUUCACCUAUCAUUGGCAGUCCUCCUGUUAGAGCUGUCCCCAUAGGCACCCCACCUAAACAGAUGGCUGUACCCAGCUUCACCCAACAGAUUCUGUGUCCGAAGCCUGUCCAUGUUCGGCCCCCAAUGCCACCUCGUUAUCCUGCUCCCUAUGGUGAGAGGAUGUCUCCAAACCAGCUCUGCAGUGUCCCGAACUCUUCCCUCCUGGGUCACCCUUUUCCUCCUAGUGUUCCUCCUGUUCUCAGCCCCCUCCAGAGAGCACAGCUUCUUGGAGGAGCACAGCUACAGCCUGGACGGAUGUCUCCCAGCCAGUUUGCACGGGUCCCUGGAUUUGUUGGUAGUCCACUUGCUGCCAUGAAUCCCAAGUUGCUACAAGGGCGAGUUGGGCAGAUGCUUCCCCCAGCACCAGGCUUCCGUGCCUUCUUUAGUGCUCCACCCUCCGCUACACCACCUCCACAGCAGCACCCUCCUGGCCCAGGACCCCACCUGCAAAACCUAAGAUCUCAGGCCCCAAUGUUUAGACCGGACACAACUCACCUUCAUCCACAGCACCGUCGACUCUUGCAUCAGAGACAGCAACAGAAUAGAAAUCAGCAUCGGAAUCUCAAUGGUGCGGGAGAUAGAGGAAGUCACCGGAGCAGUCAUCAAGAUCAUCUCCGAAAGGAUCCAUAUGCCAAUCUCAUGUUGCAGCGGGAAAAGGAUUGGGUCUCUAAAAUCCAGAUGAUGCAACUGCAAAGCACUGAUCCCUACCUGGAUGAUUUUUAUUACCAAAAUUACUUUGAAAAACUGGAGAAACUGUCAGCUGCUGAAGAAAUACAAGGUGAUGGCCCUAAGAAGGAGCGCACCAAGCUUAUCACCCCUCAGGUGGCCAAACUGGAGCACACCUAUAAGCCAGUGCAAUUUGAGGGCUCUUUGGGAAAGCUUACCGUUUCUAGUGUGAAUAAUCCCCGAAAAAUGAUUGAUGCUGUCGUGACAUCUCGGAGUGAGGAUGAUGAGACAAAAGAAAAACAAGUUCGAGACAAGAGGAGAAAAACCCUUGUUAUAAUUGAGAAAACCUACAGCUUACUCCUUGACGUGGAGGACUAUGAAAGACGUUAUCUCCUAAGUCUGGAAGAAGAGCGACCUGCCCUAAUGGAUGAGAGAAAGCACAAAAUUUGUAGCAUGUAUGACAACUUAAGGGGGAAAUUGCCUGGACAAGAGAGGCCUAGUGAUGACCACUUUGUACAGAUCAUGUGUAUCCGAAAAGGGAAGAGAAUGGUUGCCCGUAUUCUUCCUUUCCUCUCCACAGAGCAAGCAGCUGACAUUCUCAUGACAACAGCCAGGAACCUCCCUUUCCUUAUCAAGAAGGAUGCACAAGAUGAGGUGCUGCCAUGCUUACUGAGUCCCUUCUCUCUCCUCCUCUAUCAUCUUCCAUCAGUGACUAUCACCAGCCUUUUGCAACAGCUAAUGAACCUACCUCAAAGUGCAGCUACACCAGCACCCUCCAAUCCUCACCUCACUGCUGUGCUCCAGAACAAGUUUGGCCUGUCACUGCUCCUCAUCCUCCUGAGCCGUGGUGAAGACCUACAGAGUUCAGACCCUGCUACAGAAUCAACGCAAAAUAAUCAAUGGACGGAGGUGAUGUUCAUGGCAACACGAGAACUUCUACGGAUUCCCCAAGCAGCCCUGGCCAAGCCAAUCUCUAUACCUACAAACCUAGUGUCCCUCUUUUCUCGCUAUGUUGACCGGCAGAAACUGAACUUGCUGGAGACAAAACUGCAGCUAGUUCAGGGGAUACGAUAAAAGAUCUCCAAAUGUGUCCUGUACGUCCUUUUGGCUGCCACCUGCACUGCUGCCAUCACCAAUGGAGUGUUUUAAAUGAGGGAGGGAAGGUAGCUUUUUCCCCAAAGCAAAGUCUUGUGGGAUCGAUUCCUGUUUACAGGGAUUGUCUCUCUAAAUGUCAGAUAUUUCCCCACUGCUCUAUGAAAUUUGGCUGGGUGAUACUUCUGCUGGUUUCUUUACCUUCUAUGUUACAGUUCUGCAUGUCCUACUUUUACUCAGUUCUGUUUUGCAUUUUCUUUGCCCUAGAGACACAAGUGUGAUCUCUCCCUUUAUCCCUCCACUACUCCACCUCAGAGUAGAUUGUAGCCUGCCAAAGGAUUCCUUCCCUCAUCCUAUUAAAGUUGUUUUUUCAUUGCCCCAUAUUAAUAUGACUAUAGAAGAGCCAAUUAAGUAGAAAUCAAGAUAUACACACACACCCCAUACAUGUAUUUAUGUGGUCUUCAGAGGGUCCUUAAAGAAUGAAUUUUAGAUUGAAAAAUAUUUAGUUGUCUCAUUACCUCUUCUAAACACAAACCAGCUGAUGUAUUUUAAUCUGUUUCUGUUCUAUCUUGUAAUUAAUUUGGUGGGUUCUACUUGUUUUAACAUAAAUAAAGAGUAUGCAGCACGUUUAAUAAAAUCAGAACUCUUAAUUGGCUUAUGCCCAGGUCUAGGCUGAGAAGUCCUUUUUCUUCUUCCCACCUUUAUUUCCUUAGUUUCUGUCCACCUUAAUCGAAACAGCACAUGGUUAUGUCUUUUUCCUGCUACAACUACAGGGUGCUUGAGCCUUUCCCCUCAAGUGCAUUCGAAGUCACCCAGGAUGAUCCUCACUAGUAGCCUGCUUUGGCAGUGUGGCUUUUUGCACACUUGCCCUGUCUUCCUGAGACUACUUCAGUAAGCCAUGCUUCCUUCUUCCCCACUUUUAUUUGGUGUCAUGAAUAGAAACUUCCAAAUGUAACCAUGGAAGCUAAGUUUGGCCUGCUUUGCUUUUUAGUCCCCACGCCAUGGGCAGAACUGCUGUCUUUACUACUUCAUCUCACCCAAGUCCUGUUCUCAGGCAGCCAGGGGCCUGGGUUUGAAUAAUUGCAGGGCCAGCCUGCCAUGAUCUUUCUCACUUACUCCUCUCCCAUUCAGCAGUCAACCAGACUAAGGAGUUUUGAUCCCUAGUGAUUACAGCCCUGAAGAAAAUUAAAUCUGAAUUAAUUUUACAUGGCCUUCGUGAUCUUUCUGCUGUUCUUACUUUUUCGAAUGUAGUUGGGGGGUGGGAGGGACAGGUUAUGGUAUUUAAAGAGAAUAAACAUUUUGCACAUACAUGUAUUGUACAACAGUAAGAUCCUCUGUUAAAACCAGCUGUCCUGUUCUCCAUCUCCAUUUCUUCCCAUGCUGUAACCCCAGGCUCCACCAGCUGUUCCCCAGUGAUGUUACCUAGCUUCCCUCUACCAUUAUCUACUGACCAUUUCCACUACACGCCUUUCCUACCUUCCCUUCACAACCAAUCAAGUGAAUACUUGAUUAUUAUCUCUUCCUUACUGUGCUUUAUCUUUUUUGUUUGGUUCUAAUUAAUGAAAAUAAAAGUUUCUAAAUUUACAUUUUUAUAGGGUAUUGUAAAUAAAAACAAAUUGUAUACUUAAAAA